CAUACGGCUGUGCCGACACUCAAUCCCGACCUAAGCCCAAUUUUUGUUGCGUGAAGUUGACGAAGUGUGUCCGCAGUGCAAGUGCUAGUCCCCGAUUGCGAGUGCUGUUCCGGGAUCACAAACGAGCAUCCUUCUUCGGCCUCACGAUUGACGCCUUCUACCGCUUCCUGCGCCAGGCGCUGCCGCUGGCCAGGGAGGCCGCGAUCCACCUGAAUGGCAGCAACGAGAUCUCCGCAGUCGGCGCCGGGGUCACCAUCACUGGGACACCCGGCGAUCUCCUCAACUACAGCGGGCUGGAAUUGGAUCUCGGAUUGGAUCUGGAUCUGAAUCUGGACAUGGACCUAGCCACCACUCCCAGCAGCAGCACCUUGGCGACGGCCGUAAGCGGCAGGACACCGGGAAACAGGAGCGUGGUGCGGGUCAGUGCCGAUGUGCCCAUCUGGGUGGUGCCCUGCUAUUCGGCCAUCCUGCUGUGCGCCGUGGUAGGGAACCUGCUGGUGGUGCUAACGCUCGUCCAGAAUCGUCGCAUGCGCACCAUCACCAACGUUUUCCUGCUCAACCUGGCCAUCUCGGACAUCCUGCUCGGCGUAUUCUGCAUGCCGGUGACCCUGGUCGGCACUCUGCUGAGGCACUUCAUCUUCGGUGAGCUGCUCUGCAAGCUCAUCCAGUUUGCUCAGGCCGCCUCCGUGGCCGUUUCCUCCUGGACACUGGUGGCCAUCUCCUGCGAGCGCUACUACGCCAUCUGCCAUCCGCUGAGGUCGCGCACCUGGCAGACGAUCAACCACGCCAACAAGAUCAUCGCCAUCAUCUGGCUGGGCAGUCUGGUGUGCAUGACGCCCAUCGCCGCCUUUAGCCAGCUGAUGCCGACCAGUCGACCAGGACUUCGCAAGUGCCGCGAGCAGUGGCCGGCGGACAGCCUCAACUACGAGCGGGCCUACAACCUGUUUCUGGACCUGGCCCUGCUGGUCCUCCCGCUGCUGGCUCUGAGCUUCACCUAUCUGUUCAUCACCCGCACCCUGUACGUGAGCAUGCGCAACGAGCGAGCCAUGAACUUUGGCAGCAGUGGGCCGGAGGUCACCUCCUCCUCCGCCGCUGUCGCAGGAGCGGGCAGCCAGCGACGCGCCAACGGAAGCCACUGUCAGUCCCUCGACACGAUUGUGCCACACCAGCACAAUCCCCACCAGCAGCACCACCACCAUUCCCAGUACUACUAUGAUUACGGCCACUGUGGCAGCAAGCGGCGAUUGAUCGGCGGAGGAGGACCCUGCGAAGGAAGGAGGCAUCUGUACUGCAUGCGGAGCGCAUCCGUGAAGUCCCUGCGCCAUCAGCAGAUCAACGGAGGAGGAGGAACCCUAAGCGGAACGGGAGCUGGAAAUGGCGAGUGCUGCGGCCGGGUGCACAGGAUGCGCCACCAGAUGCAGCUGCAGCAGCAGGGCUACGUGAGCGAUAAUGAAUCCCGACGCAAGUCCUUGUCGCAGCCCAGUCUGCGGAUCACGGAGGCGGGACUGCGGAGAUCCAACGAAACCAAGAGUCUGGAGAGCAAGAAGCGUGUGGUCAAGAUGCUGUUCGUCCUGGUCCUGGAGUUCUUCAUCUGCUGGACGCCGCUGUACGUGAUCAACACGAUGACCAUGCUGCUGGGGCCGACGGUGUACGAGUACGUGGGCUACACCUCCAUCAGUUUCCUCCAGCUGCUGGCCUACUCCUCCAGCUGCUGCAACCCGAUCACCUACUGCUUCAUGAACGCCAGCUUCCGGCGGGCCUUCGUGGACACCUUCAAGGGGAUGCGGGUGUGCGAGCGCCUGUGCGCUCCCUGCUGCUUCUGGCGGCGACGCUCCAAGAACGAGACGAACCUGUCGGUGGCCGGCAACUCGAUUGCGCUGGCCAACUCGGUCAUGUCCAGCCACACGAUCCUGGAGAGUCCGCGACUCUGAGCCAGCCGCCGCCGACGGCAGAUGGCCGAGUCGGAGUCUCUUUAGGUUACCAUUGGGUACGGGUCGGAAGCGCCAAUAUGUGAUGAUGCAAUGUAACUGCAAUAGAAACUGUGGUUGUCAACGACAUUCCGCCGCGUUCUGAAUGUGUGUGGAAGUGGCCAGAUGGAUAGGUGGGUGGAUGGAGGCGGUGCCGUGGCAAUUGCCCCUCCAAAUUGCUCUUCAUCUUACCGAUAAGUAUUUUAAUAUAUGCGUAUGUGUGUAUGCUUAGAGUUGCGCUAAAGCGCUUUAUUCCGUGUGAGUUAUUCGACUUUGACCUCGCGUUCCAUGUGUUUACACCUUAAGGUGGGUGCAACCAGUCAUGCCAAUCUAAAUUGAGAUCGCCACACGCUAUGGGGAAUGGAAAAUGCUCAUCUGGAUUAAGAUUUUUAAACAAACAAUAGGCUAAGAAAUCAGCACAAUGGUUUCAUGACAUGGUCGCAGUAUUCAAGCCAACAAAAUGACUUCCAAGUGAAAGAGCUCCAUAAAGUGUUUUAAUUUAUGGAAAAUGUUAAAUGUUUUGCAAGGAUUUGUUGGUUCGAAACUGGAGUUACGUCAAAAGUUGGUAAAUACUCAUUCGUCCCACAUGUCGUAUGAGUGAUAUUUAAGCUAUCCGACCAUUGUGCUGCACUUUAUAAAUUUAUUUCCACACUUUUACCUUCCAGAGAUCAAUCCCAAAAGCAAAAAGGUAUUCUGAUCACGGUGCAGUGAAAGGUUUCAAUGAAUCAAGAAGCAUUUGACAGCAGGCUGAUUUUACAGGGUACACAAGGAAGUCCACUCUCAAAAGGAUUCCUAUCAUUCAAAAAUGGUUGUCAGACGGAGCUUAUGGAGCGGCAGACACUCCGACGUCCAAAACUAAAAUAAGAAGCCCGAUCGGGUGCCAAAAUCCAAUUUUAAGUAGAUGAAAGUAGCUGGAAAUGCCAAUCGGAUGGAUAUAUUUGGGCGGGACUAGCAUUGUGGACUUUAGGCACACUAAAUACAUAAAUGGCAUAUAGUAUACAAACAAGCGUUUCAUUUUAGCUCUCACCCACUUCAACGAAAACUGGCAAUUGCAAUUAUUAAUCUGAUAUUUGUAUAUGUUUAGAUCUCGGUGUUUUUAUGUAAA